UAGUUUUGAAUCUUCUUCUCUCAAUAAUGAUACAUUUAGAAUUACAACCGAUUAUUGUGAGUAUGAGCAGGGUCAGGCUGAGAUCUGCGUGAAGAAUAGACUUAAAGAAAAUGUUUCUUUUUGGAAGUAUAUCGGAGCAACAGAUUUUGUGUUAGACAUUAUUGAAAACGGGUACAAGAUUCCGUUUUACUCGACUCCUCCAAUGAUGGAUAAGAGAAAUAACAGAUCUGCUAUUAAAAACAGUAAAUUUGUUGAUUCGGCCAUUCAAGAUUUAGUACAUAAAGGUCUCGUAGAUGUUUGUGACGUAAAACCUCAUAUAGUGAGCCCUCUAUCAGUCGCUACACAAUCGUCAGGGAGGAAAAGACUUUAAUCUAGAUUUAUCAAUUAUAAAUAAACAUAUUUGGAAAACUUCAGUGAAGUAUGAAGAUUGGAGAUCAGCUUUGAUGUAUAUUGAAAAAGGAGAUUGGUUAUCAAAAUUUGACAUUCAUUCUGCCUAUCAUCAUAUAGACAUUUAUCCUGCACAUACUGACUUUUUAGGAUUUGCGUGGGGAGAAGGUCAGAAUCGCAUAUUCUACAAAUUUCUAGUUUUGCCCUUUGGCUUAACAACCGCCCCGUAUGUUUUCACGAAAGUUACAAGGCAAUUGGUUAAAUACUGGCGGUUUCAAGGUCAUAAGGUUGUAACAUUUUUGGAUGAUGGAAUUGUGUCUGAUAAAACGAAAAAUUGUGCAAUGUCUACAAGUGGUUCUAUAAAGAAGGAUUUAAUCAAAUCAGGAUUUGUCCCGAAAGUAGAAAAAUCUUUGUGGGAGCCUCAACAAUGCAUUGAGUGGUUGGGUCUUAUCAUUGAAACUAAAAGUAUGUCUUUGACAGUUCCAGCCAGAAGAUUGGAAAAAGUUCUGAAAAUGAUAGAUCGUUUGUUAGACAUAGGCGUUCGAAGCAAGGUUUCUGUGAGAGAUAUUGCAUCAGUGAUUGGUCAAAUUAUUUCUAUGAAAAUGGUUACAGGCUCAGUGUGUCAAUUGAUGACUCGGUCUAUGAGUUUGCAAACAUUAGAUGUAUCAUCAUGGAACGAAAGUAUCAGAUUGAAUGAAGUUAGUUUGCGCCAGUUAGAGUUUUGGAAAAGUAACAUUCAUAAGCAUUCACAAUGUGUUUUAUCAGAAACACAAGGUGUGACUCGUGUUGUAUAUAGCGAUGCAAGUGCUUCGGGAUAUGGUGGUUACUGUGUUCAAUAUGGAAGCCAGAGGGCUCAAGGUCAAUGGUCACGUGACGAGGCAGAACAAAGUUCUACUUGGAGAGAAUUAACAGCGGUUAAGUGUGUAUUACAUGCUUUAUCCAGAGUUCUAACAUCCCAGAGGGUAAAAUGGUUUACCGAUAACAGCAAUGUGGAAUCCAUAGUGUCCAAAGGAAGUAUGAAAGCAGAUUUGCAGAAGAUUGCUUUAGAGAUAUUUGAUUUAUGUGUGUCACAUGCUAUUCAUCUGGAGAUUCAAUGGAUACCCAGAUCAGAGAAUCAGAAGGCAGAUUAUAUCAGUAGGAUUGUAGAUUAUGAUGAUUGGGGUAUAGCUACCCACAUUUUCAAUGAGCUCGAAAGAAAAUGGGGUAAAUGUGACAUCGAUAGAUUUGCCACGCAUUACAACUGUAAAGUUGUCAGAUUCUGUUCAAGGUUUUGGAAUCCUGGGUGUGAAUACAUCGAUGCGUUCACACAGAGUUGGGAUAGUGUAAAUAACUGGGUAGUUCCCCCUGUGUACCUCGUGAGUAGAGUGUUGAAACACAUGAAAUGGUCAAAAGCGAAAGGUACUUUGAUAGUUCCGGCGUGGUAUUCUGCAAAUUACUGGCCAUUAUUGUGUCCUAACGGUAUCUUCAUACCACAAGUGUGGGAUUUCUGUUAUCUACCUAGAGAAAGAGAGGCUUACGUGCCAGGUAGAUGUCAAGGGGGAAUAUUUGGUAUUGAGCAUUUGCAUUUUAACAUGUUGGCGUUGAAAAUGCAAUUUUGAUGUUUAUGUUUACAGAUGUGUUUACUCGUGCUUAUGUUUCUGAGUUGGAGAUGUUGCCUGGAACUGCCAGGGAUUUAGCUGACCAGAUUCCGGACUUGUUGAAUUGUGCUCGAGCUGAUUCUACUAGCAGGAAGUACCAUUACGGAUUUAAAGCGUGGCAAAGUAUGUGCGGUUAACGGUGUUAACCAUGAUGGCCUGUCGCCCACGACGAGGUAUGUCGCAAAAGAUGGAGGCUUGUCGCCCUGAGAAUGUCGCAAACAUGGAGGCUUGUCAUGCUGAGAAACUGAUGCCUGUCGCAUGUAAACAGUAGCUCGUUGCUCAUGAUAUUUUAUUAUCACUGAUUAUGGCUUGUUGCCUUUUGUAGGGCUCGUUGCCACGUAUAUUUGAAGCUCGUCGCGUUAAUCAAGACUAGUCGUCAGUAUUUGUAUAUUGUCAAUUUAUUCAAUGUCAUAUGUUAGAUAUUGUGUAUAUCAUGGAUGUCAAAUGACUGAGAUAUAUGUAAAUGUGAUAUUAAUGUUGAAUUAAACAGUGAGUUGUGGUGCACUGCAUAGCAAUCCA